CAAACGCAGGAACUCGCUCACGCGACUGGGAACGAGAGAGAUAGACGCGCGUACGGCAGACUGUGGCUUAUCUCCCGCAUCAACGCCUUUACAUAGCGACCGCCGACGUUCAACAUGUCCCACGGCUCUUAUUCAUCCGACCAUUCUGUCAUGACAGAAGACGAGGAGGACUGGGAGGAUUACUGCAAGGGCGGAUACCACCCUGUACACAUUGGCGACACUUUCUCUGACGGCCGAUAUGUCGUCGUUCGCAAACUCGGCUGGGGUCAUUUCUCUACCGUCUGGCUGGCGAAAGAUACAAAGAUGAACCGCCAUGUCGCUCUCAAAGUCGUUAAAUCCGCACCCCGCUACACCGAAACCGCGCUGGACGAGAUCAAACUCCUCCAGCGGCUCAUCACCUCCUCCACGCCGCCCGUCGAGCCCACGCCCGAAAACCCAAACCCGCCACCCUCACCCGCGCAGACGCACCCGGGGCGCUCGCACGUCAUCUCCUUCCUCGACCACUUCCGGCACAAGGGCCCGAACGGCACGCACGUCUGCAUGGUCUUCGAGGUGCUCGGUGAGAACCUGCUCGGGCUCAUCAAACGCCACCAGAACAAGGGCGUGCCCAUGCCGCUCGUGAAGCAGAUCGCGAAGCAGAUAUUGCUGGGCCUCGACUACAUGCACCGCUGCUGCGGCGUCAUCCACACCGAUCUCAAGCCGGAGAACGUGCUGAUCUGCAUCGACGACGUCGAGUCGCUUAUCGAGGCGGAGUUGGCCGCGUCAUCCGCGUCCAACUCGGCGCCCCCGACGAAGCUCAUCGGUGUCCCGCCCUCCAAGGGUCGUGGGGGCAACCAGACACCGCGCUCCGAGUCCGUCUUUAUCACCGGCUCACAACCGCUGCCAUCGCCGUCCUCGUCCUUCGGCUCGUCCUCCGUACUGGACAAGUGGUCGUUCGGCAUGAGCAAGAUUGACGACGGCGGCGCGAGCAAGCCUGCGAGCGUCGGCAGCGCCAAGGCGUCGGGAUUCGAGUCGGACAAGGAGGGACCCAAGCGGGAGGACUCGACGGAGCAGGCGGCAGAGAAGAUGUCUGGCGUCACGCUGGACACUGCAGAUUUUGGCAAGAGGACGCCUCCGCCAGCUGGGAGCCAGGCGGGGCCAUCGCUGCUUAGCCAGCAAGCUCCGACGAAUAUUGCGGCGGGUGAGCCUGGUGGUGAGGCGCCGGCAGGGCGGGAGAGGAGUAUGCCAAUGCCCUCGACAUCCACUUCCACUGACGUGCCUCUCUCGAGCUCAGCCAUGUCACAGGACUCCAUACCAAGCCGGGAUACAACCGUGUCGAGUAUCUACGAAGCGAACGAGAAGAUCACCGUGAAGAUCGCUGACCUUGGAAACGCCUGUUGGGUCGAGCAUCAUUUUACGGAUGAUAUUCAGACGCGGCAAUACCGGUGUCCAGAAGUCAUCCUUGGCGCCAAAUGGGGGCCCAGUGCGGACAUAUGGAGUGUAGCUUGCGUGAUCUUCGAACUUUUGACAGGCGGUGACUACCUGUUCGAUCCGGCGUCUGGCACAAGAUACAGUAAAGACGAUGACCACAUAGCUCAGAUCAUGGAGCUUAUGGGCGAGUUCCCCAAGAGCGUCGUGUUCUCGGGCAAGUACAGCCACGAGUUCUUUACGCGGAAAGGUGAAUUGCGGAACAUUCAGAAGCUACGGUUCUGGCCGCUCGAAGCCGUGCUGCACGACAAGUAUCUCCUGCCCAAGGAGGAAGCGGACACCAUCGCGUCCUUCCUCACGCCCAUGCUGCGGCUGCAUCCUGAGAAACGGGCAAAGGCGAGCGAGCUGAUACACCAUCAUUGGCUCGACGGGAUCGUCGUUCAGGGCGAGAUCGACGUGAUCCGCCGGGUGGAAGAGCUGGAGGCGCAGCGGAGACGGAUGCUCGAGGAGGCGUCGAAGCGCAGGUCGAGCGGAUCGGAGAGCGAGCAGCCGCACGUGGAGGUCAAGGACGCCGACGCCAUGAAGCCUGUAGACGACGUGGCUGCCAUGGGCGAAUCCUACUCGGCGGCAGCGCCGAAGCUCUCGACGCCAGUCCCCCCUUCAUCGACGUCGAAAGAGAACGCCAAUCACGCCGUCACCCUCGGGGCGCCGCCACCGGCGUCGUCGUCCAAGCCCGCUCGCGCAAAGAAAUGAUCGAAUAGAUGUUUAUACAGCGGAACAUGUAUCGUUGCUUGCCACUGCACGCUUUCCCGGAUCGGCUACGUUUCCCUUUUCCCAUUCCACUCCACGACGCACACCCUACGGAUUACCCUAUUUACACGUCGCAUUGUUGUUUUCCAGAUGUUACCGAUCACAUUCUGCUUUGUAGCGUAGAACGUAUCAUGUAUCGCGAUUCGGUAUAACUCCCGAUGUAUAUGAUAUAUGACGGCACGCGCCAAUUAUUUCC